GGAAGCUGUCUCGAGCGACAUCUCUGUCCAAUUUCCUCCGGCCUGACAGUCUGUUGCGUGUUGGCAGAACUUCUAUCGGCGAAGCCCUGUGAUUGACAACCAGCGCGCCUUCAACCUGUACCCAUCAAGACACCAUCAGCGGCGAGAGAGGGAGGGCCCGCCGCGACUCGUACCAAUACCCCGCCAAACCAUGUUCAAUCUUGUUUUGCGAAGCGCCAGCGUCGACGACGUCUCUUCGCUGCGCCUUCUCUCCACCUUCCGACGAUUUGACGUAUGAUCAGCAAUCACGACGGAAGCAGGCAGAGGCGACAGACGGUGUAAAGCAGAAACGGGAAAAGAAAGAGAACUCCGAGUAGAGUCAGGGAGGCUGAAGCAGCAGAAAUCGAAAGCCACUCCCGACAACAAGCGCUGCGCUUCGGAGUCGGAGUCGGACUGACUGACUGACUUCAGUUGGCGACUAACCUUCGCGUGGGUCGGAAUGACUGGUGCGGUUCGUCGUGAAGUUGAGUGAAUGGUUGGUUGGUUGUUCCGCGCGCUUUUGAGAUCAGAAUUUGAAACAACUUCGGGUAUACGGCGACUGCUGCCUCUGUAGUGACCAUUCGCAUUUGGAUGGAACAAUAGUGGAAACGAAGAAGAGGUCUGAGUGGAAUCUAAGUUUUGUAACGUCGCGUCUCGAUAACGGAGUUGAAAUUUGUCCUACAACUUUAUAGUACGAUACGGGGAGCAGGACAUCUUCCACCUUUGAGUUAAGAUACCAACUGCAUUCUUCUUUCGCUCGAGGGCCGAGCUCAAAUUUGGCUCAUCACCCGAUUUACCUAAGAGAUUAAACACUUCUGUGAAUUCUAUGUUUUCUACUAUGAAUGAGACCUAUCUGCCAAGUGAUCAUAUGACACCGCUCUUGCCUCCUUUGCAUGAAGAAAACCAGACAGUAGAUGAAAUUCAGUCAUCAUUACAGGAUGAGGUCAGUUAUACCCCUGAAGAAGAGGGUACCAAUGACUGGACCCUCUGUGAAGCAAAUUUUUGUGGCAAAACUUUUGACCACUGUAGGACAGGACAUUCGUUCUGUCACUGCCAUGCACAGUGUAAUUAUAAAAACUUUUAUAACCCAAGAAACUGCCAAAUAUGUAUGGCUAUUUUGGAUACUCUUCCAAAGGCAAAGGACAAAAAACAAGCCCUGCAACCCCUGACUGCAUGGGCUAAGGACUUUGCAAAAAAUACAGUUGGAAGGCCUUCUGGUUACCAUUAUUUUUGGAAUCAUGAUGAUAGUGUAACUAUGGAUAUCAGUUCAACAAAACCGUCUGGUGAAAUGUGGGAAGCUUCAACAUCUGAAAUAGAGGAACUGCUAUAUGAGCCUGUUGCUGGCCCUUCAACAGAUAGUUAUCAUUCUAGUUCAACACUUGGGGAUGACUUGUCUCCAGAGUCCAUGUUCAGUAGUUCACAAUUUAUUUGCUCCUCUUUCUCUGACAGCUCAGAGGAAUCAAGCUCUAGUUCAGAAUAUUCUUGGGCUGAGGCAGUGUCAGAGCUAGGUCCAGUACUCUGUCAAUCUGACACAUCUGGUUCCCUUACGGUCUCACCUGAGCUAGACUGUACCAAGACAUCCUCAUCUAAACCUGCAAUGAAGAUUUCACAGCAUACUUUUAACACUCCAGAGAUAGUUACCAUAAAUGUGGAUGUACCAAAGAGUAUUCCUUCUCUCCAAGCUAAGUCUUCCAACACCACUAAGGUGACUAGACCAUCAAACUUAUCCUACUCUGCACAGAAACCUUGUCAGAUUUCCUCCUGCCGUGCUGGACAAACCCCGUCAACUUUGACUUUGUAUCCUGCAACUCAUUACAAGCAGGCUUGCAAUGCAAAUUUAGUCUUCAAUAACAAGGUACCAGUGACUAUUCAAGCAGAAGUUCACCAACCCCCUUUCAAAAAAGAGGAAGGAUCAUUGUCAUUUAAGUAUCGUGACUUUGUAGCCAAUGCUGGUCAUCUAAAAUUUGUUGGACAAACUCUUGUCAAUCUUACUGGAAAGUUCCAUUCUAAAGUUUCCAACCUUGACAUAUUAGGUUGGAGUGAGGCUUCAGAGGUCAUGAUCUUCAUACCCGAGGACAGCCACCUGUUCCCGUUCCCUAAGACAUUUGAUUUUUUUCUCUUGGUCGGUAAAUUUACACCUGAAGCUGCUAAUGACCAAUUGAAGACCUCUUACACUCCGCUUGAUACUGAGAUCUUGGACUUGGAGUGGACAGCACGCCAGACUAUGUUUGGUAGUCUGUCUAUCCUUGGCAUCAUAGAAGGUCUAACAGCUACAGAUAAAGAAAAGUCCUGGUCUAAAGCCCUUCAAAGACUUGCAAAGCUGCAACUGCAACGACUUGUAGAAGCAAUUGGAACAUUCCUUAAAGCUAGACUAGCAUUACGAAGAGCAGCACUUCCUGGCUGUAGCUUGGAUAACCCAUACGUACACUCUUUGUUAAGCUCAACACCUUGGAGUGUAGGUCCAUUUGGAGCUCAUGAGGUCUCAGAGCUUCACCUCAGGUCUGCAAAAUUAAACCAGGCCGUUGCAUCACUCCUGCAGCUUCCACCUUCAGCAUCUGACCUCUAGUCGUUGUUCUACUGCUACCAGGAGUCCAAGAAAUGGUAAGGGUCUUUGCAUUGUGAUGGAAUAAGGAAUUUCCAGAAUAGAAUGUACUGGUUCUGGAAGAGAAAAAAUACUCUGGCACAGUAAAACAUGCUGCAGUCUGCAUAAUUGAUGCAUACUCUUCCUAACACUCUGAUUUCACCUCUGCUCCUCAUAGAGGAAGUUUAAUCUGCAGCAGUCCAGUAGAGGUCUGCCACUUCUUUCUGAGAAGAGGAUUUUCAUAAUUUUGCAGCAUUUCCACAAUAAGGAAAUAACACUAGUUAUUAUUCAAUUAGUGGAAAAUAUGCACUUUGGUAUGAUAUAUGUUUUGCCAUUUGAGUUAACUUGAAAUCUGCAGGUCUUUGGCUGAAUUGUGUCCCAAGUCAUUGAUUAAGUGGCCAAGAUAAAAGUUAUAGGUCUAUAAGCUCAUGGCAUCAUAGUUAUUAUAAUGAUAGGACCAUUUAAGAUAUUUUUUCAUUAAAACAGUAAUAUUGGAAGGAUCUUUUAUUCAAACCGCAUGGGAUGUAAUAGCUGUUGGGAUGUAACCCCUCUAGUCGUACUUUCAACCCUGUUACAGCAGGUUGGAAAUAGGCUCUGCAUUACCGUUUCACAUGAUGUAAGGAAUGCUAAAACAUUUUCUUUUGAUGUAAGGAAUGCUAAAACAUUUUCUUUUGAAUUAAUCUUCUGAAAAUUCUAACAAACAAAUGUUGGUAUUUAGCUAACAUUUCUGUUGAAAAUAUCUAAGAGGAACAUUUCGUUUCUUGAUAAAAAAUGAGAUUAUUAGCACUCUCAUCAAUCAAAGAGCUUCAAAAUAUGUAGAUUUGCUAUUAAGAGGAGUUACCAAACAGAGUGGCACCAGGAAGUCUCUCAUAAUAGCCUCUUGAUGUGAAGUAACCCAAAGCUGAGUUCAUUCAGAUUUACCGGCCUUUUCUGAAUAUCCGUCCAUCAACAUUCCCAGGAUUUAGCACUCUAUCCAGUUCCAUAACUCAUUGCAGUGAGUUCCAAAAGAGCACCCGUGUAAAGAAUGGCACAUUUAAAUACUGACCAGCUAAUAAAGUUAAUAGGAAUGUGGCUAUUUUAUCUCCCUCAAAUGCCCUAGCUCCUUUCCCCUGCGACCUGGGUGUUCAAUUCACCACGGGGACCUGAUUUUCAUCAAAACCUUGAAAGCAGCAGGAAUGACUGACUUAACUUAUCAACAAAGCUGUGGUGUUAGCCUGCCUGGGCUUAUAGGUUAUUGUCAUGAAAAGUUGUCAUUGUCACACUUCAUGUCAGGGAAGGCCCUAAUAUCAAGAUCGUAACCUUUCAUGCCAAACUCUGUUCCUAAGUAGUUUGAUAAAGCUGGCAUCUUCAGUCGCAGUCUGCAGUAAAACGAGUUCUAGUUUAUGGCCACAUGAUUGGUUUCUCAACGAUUCUGAAGUUAUUCCUCCAAAUGAUUACUACUUCCUCAUUCUUUGGAGGUUGCUUGCAUCUCAUCCCCUUAGGAUGUGCAAUCAUUCCUUUUGCCAAAAUAUAUUAAUGUUUCCCCUCUAAGCUAUGCAAAAGUAUUGAUGUAUAAAUCAUUUUUUAUUACUCCUGUGAAUGUCAUGAUUUAUGCCUUGUAAAUACAGUUUUGUUUACUCAUUAGCUGUUAACUUCCAGAAUAAAUAAACAUUCUCUCUC